CGCGUUUAUUGUCAUCUUUGCAGUAAAGCUGCGGUGCAUCAGGAACAGCUGACUAUGAACUGGGCGCUGGGAGGCUCAUGACAAGUAGGUUGAAGUAGGAGGAUGAGGUUGAUAGAUGCCCCAAGCAAGGACAUGGCGGACGAAAUGAAGAAAUACCUGCAACAAGUACUUUCCAAGUAAGUUUCAGUUCAGUGCUGAAUGCAGUACAAGUGUAUAUUAGAAUUUAUUGACGAUCACGAGGCUGUCCAAAGAGUAGAUGGUCUUCUGUGUAUACUGAUUACAGAUAGGGAUGGUGUACCUGUUUUGAAAGUUUCAGCAGACUCUGCCCCAGAACUUGCAAUGCGACCAAGUUUCUUAUCCACUUUUAGUAUGGCUACUGAGCAAGGAGGAAAACUUGGACUAGGGAAAAAUAAAUCCCUAAUCUGCAUGUACUCCUCAUACCAGGUUGUGCAGAUAAAUAAGUUGCCACUGGUAAUCAGUUUCAUUGCUACAAGCUCAUGCAACACAGGGCAUUUGCUUUCCUUGGAACACUCAAUUGAACCACUAUUGGGAGACCUGAAAUGCGCAGUAGCAGACUGAGUACCAUUCUGGGACUGACUGUGUGAUAAAUGUAUGCAUGUUGCAUGUAUUGUGUACAGCACUUUAUGAUACUGAAAUGUUAUGUUCCUUGUCCUGAAAUUUAUUUACACUGUUUAAAACCAAACUAUGUUUUUAAAAUAAAUAUUUCUCAAUUUUCAUAGUAAA